UGCUUUUGCACCGUCAUUCUUCAAAUGGUCGCGACAAAGAAGCUUCCUCUGUUCAUUCUCAACGGACCCAACUCCCUCUCGACAGUGAAAGUAAAAGUCCCCGUUAGGGUUCAUCAUUGAUGGAGCUUUCCUUCUAAGCAGCUCAAUUUUGAAGUUGGGGGUUCUGUUUAAUCUUUCUUGAAAAUGAACAAUUCUAAUCAGGACACGCAAAAUCAGAGCAUGCCUUUCUACUUUUUGGGUUUGAAGAGAGCUGAAGAAAAGCAAAGAAAUUGGAGCUGAUUUUGGGAGACCAGGGGGCCUUUUGCCUGGCUGGGCUGUCCGCUGGAACUGCUCUUACGCCUAUCCAUUUAUCACCCAUCCCACCUCUUGGAAUCUAUUCGUCCAAAAAAAAUCCUCUCCGAACCCAAUAUCUUCCAAGAGGCCAAGAAUCAAACGUGCCUCAUCAACUAUAGCACUCCCCCUCUUGUGCCCUCGAUUGCUCGUCUGCUGUCGGUGGUCAGGUACUGUUGUGUAGCAGCGACGUCGUCUAUCAGGAGUAAUUUGGGCAUGGAGGAUUCCACUGCAAUGACUAUCGAAUUUCUUCGGGCUCGGUUGUUGGCCGAGAGGUCUGUUUCAAGAAGUGCAAGACAGAGAGUUGAUGAGCUGGAACGAAUGGUAGAAGAACUGGAGGAGCAACUUAAGAUUGUUUCUCUUCAAAGAAAAAUGGCUGAGAAAGCCACAGAAGAUGUUCUUGCCAUUUUGGAGAGCCAGGGGAUAAGUGACAUUUCUGAGGAGGAGUUUGAUUCAAGCUCUGAUCAGGAAACGCACCAGGGAUCUAAAGUGGGAAAUAGCUUGGCAAAUGAAGAGGAAAGCUUUGUAGUUUCGAAGGUCCGAAGAAAGGAACAGGAGGAACAUUCAGGUUCUGAUGCUGAUUCUUCUCUCAUACCUGGUAGAAGCUUGUCUUGGAAAGGCCGCAUUGAUUCUCCACGUUCUCGUGAAAAGUGUAAGGAUCUGUCCGUGAGAAGACGUAGCAGUUUUUCAUCCAUUGGUUUCUCCUCACCAAGACACCACCUUGGAAAAUCCUGCCGCCAGAUAAAACACAAAGAAAAAAGAUCAGACAAGUUUGAUUCUCAUGAAAAUGGAGUUGGUGCUUCUUCAGAAGGGCUUCCAAAUUUCUCAAAUGGUGGAUCUGAGAAGUUGAGAGAAGGUUCUGAAUUCCCAGAAGAGAAGGUUUUAUCCAAUGAUUCACUCUCAAGGACCAAAGAAAAUCAAAGAGAUAGUGACCUGGAUUUCAAUGGGCAUGGAAGAGAGAAAGACAUGGAAAAAGCACUAGAACAUCAGGCGAAACUUAUUUGUGAAAAUGAAGAGAUGGAAAAGGCUCAAAGGGAAUGGGAAGAGAAGUUUAGAGAAAAUAACACCAGUACACCGGAUUCAUGUGACCCUGGGAACCAUUCAGAUAUCACUGAGGAAAGAGAUGAGAUCAAGGCUCAAACGCCAUGUUCUGCUGGGGUGGUGGUUGCCCAAGCUCAAGAGACAAAGUCACAGGAGGGAGAUGUUUGCCUACCUAAGGAAACGUUCAAAAUUCAGCAAAAUGGUUUCCUACCAGCUUCACAUGUAGAUAUGGGAGGGUUACAGGAUCAGCUGAAUAAAAGCACUGUUGCUCCGUCACAAGUUGAAGAAUUUGCAUUCCCUACCGAAAAUGGAAAGCAAAAUCAUGAGAGCCUAGAAAACUAUGCUUGUCACCCUUCACAUGGCUUCCAUCCUAACCCACUCGUGCAUGGAUCAGCCCACAACCGCUCAUCAGAUGCCUCUUCUUCUGUUGCAGGCAGUGGUUUCCAUAAAGGAAAUGCUUCAGGGAGCAGAAGUGACCUAUAUGCAUUGGUGCCUCAUGACUCGCAGGAUAGGUUGGGUGGUGUACUGGAUGCACUUAAACAAGCAAAGCUAUCACUACAACAGAACAUGACUAGAUUGCCACUAGUAGACAGUACAUCUGUACAUAAAUCCAUUGAACCGUCUAUUCCUGUUAUGAAAACUGGAGACAGAGUAGAGAUUCCUGUUGGUUGUGCUGGGCUUUUUAGACUACCAACUGAUUUUGCAGUUGAAGAAGCUGCGACUCAAAGUAGCUUCCUUGGUUCUUCUUGGUCUGGAAGGUAUUGUCCCGAAACACUUGUUACAAGCUCUUUUGUUGAGACGAGACCUACCUUUUCGAUGAAUGCUGCGGAUAGAUAUGUCCCCAGUCCCUACAUUGAGACAAGACAAGCUUUUUCUACUAAUGCUACUGAUCGAUUCAUCCCCAAUGCUUAUGUUGAGAGUAGACCAAACUUUCCCGCUAAUGCUGCUGAACCAUUUGUCACUAGUCCUUCCGUUGAUACUAGAUCAAAUUUUCCUGCUGAUAAUAGAUUUCUUAGUGGCCCCUAUGCAGAGUCUAGGUCAAGAGUUUCUACGCUGCAGCCACAUUUUGAUCCUUACUUUGAUAUGGGGUUACCCUCAUUGAGAUAUGCCCAGCCACCUUAUCCCAACUAUCCCUCUGUUCCAGACCGAACACCAUGGAUAACCUCUGAUGAAGCACUAACAAGAGCCCUUCCGAGAAAGCCAGUUGGGGCACCAACAGAUCAGUUUUCAUUUUACGAUCAAUUUCGACCUAAUAUGUACAGAUAGUAGCAUGCCAUUGCUAUUUAUUCAGUGUGAAGCUUAGAAGUGAAUAGUGGUUUUUGUAGAAAGGUUUUGAAGUCAGGGCCCUCUUCUUAAUUGCCUGUGUAUCCUCAUCAGGUUUCUGUAUUUAUUGAAGGUGACUCAGUCUGUACACGCAUGUCCAUCUUAUUUCGUCUUCUGUUUAAUGACUUUUCAAAGAAUUCUUUGAGUU